AUGGCGCUCAUCAUCAAGAGCGCAAUCAUCGCUGUUUUCUUGGUUGCGGGACUCAUAUCUUCCACAUCCACUUGUUGCGUUGGUGCAAUCGGCACGGAGUCAUAUCAUCCACGUCCAUUUGUUGUUCCGUGCUUCCACGCCGGAACCUCGCAGUACCCCUGUAAUGUGGAUGGGUGCCGCAGGUUAUGCGAGCACGAACACCUCAAGAGCGAUAAGGCCUACUGUAAAAGUGUUGGGCCUCCAGGGGAGUGCUGCUGCCCCCAACAUUGA